AUGUUUCUCCUCACUCCAGUGUUGGUGGCGGUUGUCUGCAUCUUGGUGGUAUGGGUCUUUAAAAAUGCCGAUAAAAGCCUGGAGAGAGAGAAGGGGGCGGCUCAAGUUCGCCCCUGGGUGGAUGAAGACCUGAAAGACAGCACUGACCUCCUUCAAGUGGAAGAAGAUGCUGAUGAAUGGCAAGAGUCCGAGGAAAGUGUGGAGCACAUCCCGUUCUCUCACACCCGGUACCCAGAGCAGGAAAUGAAGAGGAGAUCUCAGGAAUUCUAUGAACUCCUCAAUAAGAGACGCUCGGUCAGGUUUAUCAGCAGCGAGCCAGUCCCUAUGGAAGUCAUCGAUAACAUCAUCAAAGCAGCAGGAACAGCUCCAAGUGGGGCCCACACUGAGCCCUGGACCUUUGUGGUGGUGAAGGACCCGGACGUGAAGCAUAAGAUCCGAGAGAUCAUCGAGGAGGAGGAAGAGAUAAAUUACAUGAAGAGGAUGGGAGACCGAUGGGUCUCAGACCUGAAGAAACUGAGAACCAACUGGAUUAAGGAGUACCUGGACACCGCCCCGGUGCUGAUUCUCGUCUUCAAACAAGUGCACGGUUUUGCUGCAAAUGGGAAGAAAAAGGUCCACUACUACAAUGAGAUCAGCGUGUCCAUUGCCUGUGGCAUCCUGCUGGCCGCACUGCAGAAUGCCGGGCUGGUGACAGUCACUACCACGCCCCUCAACUGUGGCCCUCGUCUGAGGGUGCUCCUGGGCCGCCCUUCACAUGAGAAGCUGCUGGUGCUGCUUCCUGUGGGGUACCCCAGCAGAGAGGCCACCGUGCCUGACCUCAAGAGGAAAGCUCUGGACCAGAUCAUGGUGACAGUAUAG